CGUGGCGUAUGGGCCUCGCCAGGUGCCAGCACCUGCUAUCUGCCUGGGCCCAGCGCUGGGACACCCGACCUUGCACUUGCUGGCCGCGUGGCUCAAUGACGCUGAGCCUGCGCUUCUGUAGGUGUGGAGCGGGGACUCUGCGCUGUAGGGUCAGGGUGAAGAUGUCUGCGAGGGAGACAUCGAGAAGCAUCAGUGGCCGUAGCAAGCGCACAAGUAUUAGCAUGAUGGGGCUGCUCAAACCAUACGCUGUUUAACCGAAGAACAUUGUCUAAGUCCGUCCCGUGGUUGACUGCAUUGGAUAUCAGUCUGAUAGUGAUGUCUGAGCUCAGUGAUGAAGCCAGCGAGCCAGAACUCCUGAACCGCAGCUUGUCCAUGUGGCAUGGGCUGGGGGCGCAGGUCAGCCGGGAGGAGCUGGAUGUGCCCUUGGAUCUUCACACAGCAUCUUCUAUUGGCCAGUAUGAAGUGGUCAAAGAAUGUGUGCAGCGGAAAGAAUUAGAUUUGAAUAAGAAGAAUGGUGGUGGCUGGACCCCGCUGAUGUAUGCUUCCUACAUUGGACAUGAUACCAUCGUGCACCUGCUGCUUGAGGCAGGGGUGAGUGUGAAUGUGCCAACCCCAGAAGGGCAGACUCCACUGAUGCUGGCCUCCAGCUGUGGCAACGAGAGCAUCGCCUACUUUCUCCUCCAGCAAGGUGCUGAGCUGGAGAUGAAAGACAUUCAAGGCUGGACUGCCCUCUUCCACUGCACUAGUGCUGGGCACCAGCAGGUGGUCAAGUUCCUUUUGGACAAUGGAGCGAAUGCCAACGUGAGGGAGCCAACAUACGGAUUUACACCUUUGAUGGAAGCAGCUGCUGCUGGUCAUGAAAUAAUUGUGCAGUAUUUUCUGAAUCAUGGAGUCAAAGUAGACACAAAAGACCACAGUGGAGCCACAGCCCGGAUGCUGGCUAAGCAGUAUGGACACAUGAAGAUCGUGGCCUUGAUGGACACUUACUCACAGAGCUCACCCUCUCUGCCCAAGAGCCUCUAUUGGAGCCCAGAAAAAUAUGAAGAUUUAAGUUCUUCAGAUGAAUCCUACCCCAUUCCUCAGAGACAGAGGCCCUGUCGGAAGAAGGGCCUCAGCAUCCAUGAGGGGCCUCGUGCGUUGGCCAGGAUCACAGCCAUUGGACUUGGAGGGAAGACCCCAACCCCACGGCCUAGCUGUGAGCAGGUGCCUCCACGGGGCUAUGUCACCUUCAACAGUAGUGAUGAGAACCCUCUGGAAGGGGAGGGCCUCUGCUACCGGGAUGUCACCUCCCCCAUCAAUGACCAGGAUGUGGAGAGCAGCAGCAGCAGCAGCCGGGAAGAGCAAGAACACGCUUUCUAUGCCAGCCUCGGGAUCAUCCGGAGCAGCAGCAGCAGUGAGGGCCCAUCCAGAGCCCAGGGGCUCAGCAGCGAGGCCUCUGUUGAGAGUAACGAGGAUUCAGAUCAUGCAUGUAAAAGCUCAGUUCGUAAACAAACUAAAAGUUAUAUGAAGACUAAGAAUCGUCACAACCAGGGGCCUCCCAGCACUGGGACUUCCGGGUCAGUCUAUACCCCAGGAUCUAUCCCUCAAACCGAGACGUCCCCCUAUUCAGGACCCCAGAACCUGGCCACACUGCUGGAACAGAUUGGGUGUCUCAAGUACCUGCAGGUUUUUGAGGAGCAGGAUGUGGAUCUCCGCAUCUUUCUGACCCUCACUGAGAGCGACCUAAAGGAAAUCGGCAUAACGUUGUUUGGGCCCAAAAGGAAGAUGACCUCUGCUAUUGCCCGCUGGCACAGCAGUGCCCGCCCGCCCAGUGAUGCCCUGGAGCUGGCCUAUGCUGACCGCCUGGAGGCCGAGAUGCAGGAGCUGGCCAUCCAGCUGCACAAGCGCUGUGAGGAGCUAGAGGCUGUUCGAGGCCAGGUGUCCCAGGAGCAGGAGCUGUGGGCGGUGGUGGAGAGCUGCCUGCUGGAGCAGGAUGGGGCCCACAAGUACAUGCAGGCCCAGCUGCAGGAGACCUGGGCACUUGCCCAGGAUGCUGCCCUCAUCCUGGACCAGCUGCGAGCCUGUCAAGCUGAGCUAUCAGCCCGAGUGAGGCAGGACCAGUCCCCUGGUGCAGCUGCCCUGGGCCCGGCCUUUCCCCUGGCAGGUAAGAGUAGCCACCUGACUCUGACAGGCAGAUGGGAGUGCAGGGUAGCUCAAGGCCAGGUUUAUCCAACGGGCUUGAUGUGGCUGUCACACUGGCACCCUAUUCUCCCUCGUCCCUUAGUGUCUACAGUCCUGGCAUGGAGGAGAAAGGUGCCCUGGGGACCUCAUCACCUGUGAUGGAAAACAUACCUGUCCCCCAGUGGCAGGAGGCAUGGCUGUGACAGUGUGAAGAAAGGCCCUUGGGGCACAGCUUCCUUGAGGAAGCUUUCUCUUCUGGGGCUGAGCCCUGCUUGGCAGCUAGUGCUUGGGUCAUUAAGCAGGAGGAGAAAACAUUUUUGUCACAGUCUUUCUAAUCUCAUGGAACCCCAAAUUGAGGAGGAACACAACAGGGGCCCGAGCAUCAGCUUGUGGGGGCUGCUCAGGCACUGACAGUUGGGUGGGGAGGGUCUCCUGGUUACAGCAGCUCAGGACCAAGGCAGGGUUUGUGGGGACACAGACCCAGGCCAACCCAGUCCUCUGUACCUCAGACUCCAAAGGCUGGCAAGUAUCCCUGCAGGCUAUGACCCUCCCUGAGCUGUCAGGAGCCCUGGAGGACUGUGUGCAUGAGAUGGGUGAGUCUCCCAGAGGGCUGCAAGUGGCCUGGUCCUAACCCAGAAGCCAGACUUUGGUGAAGACUGAGAGCCCCUUUUUAUUUCAGAGGGAGGCAGAGGGACCUCUUCUUGGGGAAAGUAGGUUUGAAUCCUUCUACCUCAAGGCUGUCCUUGGGACUGGGUCAUGACUGCCUGAGGCAGCUUGCCCCAACUCACAGAGCCAUGCUUAGUUCCCUCCUGGGUGGCACCCAGACUUGUGGCAAAGCACCAUCUGGUGUCAUUCUCAGGGCGAGCGCUGUGCUCAGUGACCCAGAGCCUGGAGAAACUGCAGGUGCUGAGCAGCAAGGAGAAGUGGAGGGAGCCCUAGCCCAGAUGGAUGGUGAGUGUCUGCCAGCCUGGAGCCUGCACCAGGACCCGAGCAAGAAUAGCAAGGGUCUACUCUGGUUAGCUGCAGGUGAGAAUGCCAGCUUAGACUCCCACCCCGCUCCGUCUCACCAGGGUCUUUUCUUUUCAGACUCUGACGUUGGGUGAUUGAUCCACCCUGAAGCUGUGUGCCAGGAGUCAGCAGGGCCAUGCACAGGCAGCUGCACCAAGCAGCAGAGGCCUAGAUGGGGCCGGAGGGUCAGGCCCUGGAGCAGCCGGCAGACACAGCAGGACAGGGACUAUGGCCCAUGCCAGGCAGCUUGGGCCAGCACUGAGGCAGGACAAGGGCCUGUCACCGAAACUUGAUGUUAAGGCCCAGAGCUUAUGGCCUGCCCUGGCCCAGAUCAGGCAGGGCCUUGGGGAGAGUGUUCCCAUCUGUGGGUACCAAAGGCUUGACCUUAUGAGAAGUGGGGCACCUGAAAAUGUCAUUUGGAAAAUAAAAUUUAAGAUCAGCUGGUGAAAGGCUUAGUUGUGGUUACGUGAUACACAGUGCUGGCCAACAAAGUAAUGGCUGAAGCAAGGGGAAAACCCCAGCCUAGCAACUUGGGCCUCUGGGUGGACAUCCCUGGCGCUUAGGCCCCAGAGUACCAUGCACAAGGGUAGGCUGACCCAGCAACCCUGCCUGCCCUACCCCCUGCAGCCUAGGGGCAUCUUUGUUCCAGCAGCCCUCUACAGAGCCCAACUUGACUCAAGACAAGCUACUAGAGAGCUAAGCACAUUCCCCAGGCCCUAAGUAAUGUAAGUGAGCUAGGUCCAGGUACUCUGUUCACACAGCAAGGCAAAAGACAUCCUCCCACACGUGGUGGC